AUGUCCGACAACGACGUACCAGUGCACGAGCCUGUCCCCACACACCCCAUUGCCCCCCGCCUCAAGAGCGGCCAGAAAAAACCUCACGUUGGCCCUCAUAUCCACGCCUACAGGGAGCACCAUGCGCAGACCGUCGGUCACGAAAGUGACAAGUGGUGGGCGCAGAUGGCGCGCGAGACAUUGCACUGGGACCGGCCAUUCCACACCGUCAGAGCCGGCUCCUUCGAGAACGGCGAUAUCGUUUGGUUCCCAGAGGGCGGCCUGAAUGCAUCCUACAACUGCGUCGACCGCUGGGCCUUCAAGCAUCCGGACAAGACCGCGAUCAUCUACGAGGCUGAUGAGCCGAACGAGGGCAGCCUUAUCACCUACGCGCAGCUGCUCCGUGAGGUCUGUGGCAUCGCGAACGUGCUCAAGUCUUUCGGCGUCAAGAAGGGCGACACGGUGUCAGUUUAUCUUCCCAUGACUUGGCACGCCGUUGCCGCCUUCCUCGCCUGCGCUCGCAUUGGCGCCGUCCACUCCGUCGUCUUUGCCGGCUUCUCCGCCGAGUCCCUUCGCGACCGUGUCCAGGACUGCAAGUCCCGCGUGCUCAUCACCUCCGACGAGGGCCGCCGCGGCGGUAAGUCUAUUGCUACCAAGGUCAUUGCGGAUGCUGCCGUUAAGGAGUGCCCCGGCGUGGAGCAUGUCCUCGUCCUCAAGCGCACCGGGAACGAAGUGCCCUGGACUCCCGGCCGCGACAAGUGGUGGCAUGAGGAGAUUGCAAAGGUGCCCAGCUACUGCCCACCUGAGAUUAUGUCCUCCGAAGACCCUCUUUUCAUUCUCUACACCUCCGGUUCCACCGGCCGACCCAAAGGUGUCGUGCACACGACCGGCGGGUAUCUCCUGUGUGCGGCAAUGACCGUAAAGUACGUCUUCGAUGUGCACCCCGACGAUAAGUUCGCCUGCAUGGCCGACGUUGGCUGGAUUACCGGGCACACGUAUAUCGUGUACGGCCCGCUAGCGAACGGCGUGACGACGACGGUCUUCGAGUCGACGCCAGUGUACCCGACCCCGUCGCGCUACUGGCAGACGGUCGACAAGCACGGCAUCACACAGUUCUAUUCGGCGCCUACUGCUAUCCGUCUCCUGCGCCGCCUCGGCGACCACCACGUCAAGGAGCAUGACCUAAGCACGCUUCGUGUACUUGGUUCCGUCGGCGAACCCAUCAACCCCGAAGCGUGGCACUGGUACAACGACCACGUCGGCCGCAGACAGUGCGCAAUCGUUGACACGUUCUGGCAAACGGAGACUGGUUCGAUUGUCGUGACUCCAUUCCCGGGAGCCAUCGAAACGAAGCCCGGCUCUGCGACGGUGCCCUUCUUCGGAAUUGAGCCUGCGAUCCUUGAUCCCAUGACUGGCGAGGAAAUUAAGGGCGAGAACGUCGAAGGCGUGCUUGUACUGAAGACCCCCUGGCCAUCCAUCGCACGCACAGUCUAUCAGGACCAUAAGCGGUACCUCGAGACGUACAUGAAGCCGUAUCCCGGAGUAUUCUAUACGGGCGACGGCGCAUCGCGGGACGAGCAUGGGUAUAUCUGGAUUAAGGGCCGGGUGGAUGAUGUGAUCAACGUGUCCGGCCACCGCCUGUCUACUGCAGAAAUCGAGUCCGCGCUUAUCACCCAUAACGGUGUCGCUGAGACUGCGGUUGUCGGCACUGCGGACGAGCUCACCGGCCAGGCUGUGCACGCGUUCGUCACCCUGAAGCCGGAGUUCGCGUACGACCCGAACGAUGAAGCGGGACUCUUGAAGGAGCUUGUUUUGCAAGUGCGCAAAGUGAUCGGUCCCUUCGCGGCACCGAAGAGGGUGUACAUCGUCCCCGAUCUCCCCAAGACUCGCUCGGGCAAGAUCAUGCGCCGCAUAAUGCGCAAGAUCGUCGCGGGCGAAGGCGAUCAACUCGGGGAUCUCAGCACGCUGGCGGAGCCGGGUGUUGUCGAGAUUAUCAAGCAGAAGGUCGCCGGGAAGUGA